UUCGACGAGCGAGCAUCGCGCGUGUGUGGCUCCGUGAUUUGUACGGCGUUUUCGGAGAUUAUUCCGUGACAAAUGCUUUCCCCGUUAACUCGUGAUUCAGCGGUGAUGCCGCGGAACGGCGGCAGUGCGUGAACCUUUCCGGUCGACCCCACACCGUCGGGAAACUAACAAAAACAGUGGAAAACCUCCCCGGUUGUUGGAAAAGUCUGGUGCACGGAACGAAAACAUCCCCAUUGGCCGCUCUGCGGUUCGCGCUGAGCAUUGGGGCUAAAAAUACAAUCCGCCUUUCUUAACACCAUCGAGAGUGCGAGAGUUGGCGACGUCGCGCGGCUGAGAUUUCGCGGACGUCGUCGUUCCGUGAAAGCCGCAUCAGCCAAUAUCAUGGACUGAGGAGCUCUUUGCCGUCUAGAAAGGAGGCCAAAGAAAGUCUGCAAAAGCGAACAUCCAUCCGCGGGCCACCCCGGUUUCGGUUCAGUGCACGGAGGCUUGGCAAAUCUCGCGCGAAUCUAAUCUUCCUUCCAUCAUUCAUCCUUCCUCAACGGAUCGCGAGAACUGGAAGGGUCAACUCUUCCUUUCAACAACGGAUUCGUUUAGUUUUCAAGACAUCUCGGUGCGGCCAAAGUGUAAUCUCUAAUCGACGUCUUCUUCGCGUCAUUGACUCGCGCGUUAUCAGUGUGUUAGAUAGGCUAAGUGAAAACAGAGCCAACUUAUAACAUUAUUGUCCAGUCGACGUCGUUGUUUAGUUCGUCUAACGCCCCACGAAGGCGAUCAACGUUCACACCGUGGCUGCGGGCUAUCAGUCAUCGUGAAGGCAAAAACCUUUUUAUUGCGACGAUCCCGCAUCCAUCCAGUCAUCCACAACGUCAUCGUUCGCCUUUAUCACGAAUGGAACAGUAACAAUCGAACAGAACAAAGCAAUCAUUGACGAGCCAUUUGCCUGAACAUUCCUCACCGAGGAACAACAACACACAGGAGACGUCGUGGAGCAAGCAACGGGCGGGCACAAAAAGGGUCAAUUUCUCGCAGGAAGAAGGAAAUGAUUCCAAGGUUAAUACAUCCGUUGCAGUGAAACACGAAAAACGGGAGACCGUGCCACCGAUUGGCCGCUUGUCGUCGAUGCAGAAGCCGAGACCGCACAUUUCCCCAGUUUGAUUACCGGAAGUCACCCAUCGCUGGACGAUGCCACUGAUUUACCACCGGGUGGCCGGUGCAUCGAUGCAUUUUCCCCAUUAUCAACGCGUCUCGCUGUAUCGUUUACAUCGAUGGAACGAAGACAGCGAAGUGACUCCACAGUGACCUCCUGCGUCCUGAGGCAUUAGUUGUAUCAGCUGCUGCAGGAAUCCUGCAGUGCAGUUGCCCUCUAGCCGUGGGCCACUAUCAUAGAGAGUUUUGCACCAAAACAAACGGGAACCAGUUGGGUGCAGCACGGAUUCCCGCUACACCACUUGGACGGCGCAUCCCGGACACAUCCGUGUGAACCAUGGAUUGGAUCAUUAACGAUGAGCUCGGGCUCACGGUGGGCCAUCUCGUCGGUUGGACGUCCGCUUCCUUCAUGGUGGUCGGCGGUGUCCUACCGUACGUGCCCCAGUACCGGCAGAUCAAGCAGACGCAGGAUCCAGAAGGGUUCUCGCUGCACGUUUGUCUCGCCCUGCUCAUUGCCAACACGCUGCGAAUACUGUUCUGGUUUUCCAGCCGCUACGAGCUUCCACUGCUAGUGCAGAGCGUUGUGAUGAACUUAACCAUGUUCCUGAUGAUACACCUGUGCGUGAUGGUUCGCCGGAACAACGCGAUCAUGCGUACGAGGGAGCGCGUCUUUUCAGGAGAUGGCACGGUUACGAGCGAAGCGCACGGUAAGGGCGGUGAAAGGGGCAUCAUUAACAUUCGUGGAUCGUCCAGCAACAAUCUGAGCGCUACCGGAAGUGGCGUACCGACGGCUCCGAGCCACAGCAACGCGACCACGAGCAUCGGCAUCGGGUCGGCGCUGGUCACGCAAAAACCAUCGCCUCCGGGUGCGGCUGGUGUUGUUGGAUCGCUGAAGAAGUCCCGAUCCCGCCAUUACAUCUACGACUUUGACUCGCGGUACUUUUGGCAGUGGACGGACUUCCAGUCCUAUGUGGACUUUAUGCUGGUUGUCUGGGCAGUCGGUGCGGCCGUCACGUACCUUAUGCUUUCCGUUACCUGGUUCAUGGAGACAGUCGGCUUUCUAGCCGUCUUUACUGAAGCAAUGCUUGGCCUUCCACAGUUUAUGAGGAACUUUAAGAAUAAGUCCACCCAUGGGAUGAGCAUCUCGAUGGUGUUCAUGUGGACGGCCGGUGAUUUGUUUAAGACUGGUUACUUCUUUUUAAGACACGCCCCUACGCAAUUCUGGAUCUGUGGGUUACUGCAGGUCAGUUUGGAUAUUGCGAUUCUGUCGCAGGUCUACUUUUAUCGUAAGAAUCCAGCACCUCGCAAUACACAUCGCGGUGAUUAGCAGUUUGCCCCCCAAAAUAUUACUAUUCAAGGCACCGUCAUCAACAACAAUAACCAU